AUGAAAAUGGAGAAAAUAAAAUGUAGUAUAAAAAUAAGAAAAAAUGAAAAAAGUAAAGAAAAUAAAAAGGAACCAAAAGUAAAUAUAUUUGAUGAAAUUUGCAAAAGUGAUGAAAAUGAAGAAGAAGAAGAAGAGGAUAAUGAUGGACAAAAAAAAAAAAUUCAAAAAGUGGAAAAAAUAACAAGCAUGAAAGGUGGAAAUAUAUUCAUUGAGCAAACAGAAAAAGAUAUUAAAAACAUGAGUGAUAGAGAAAAAGCAAACUUAAAAUUUAUAAAUAAUUUAAAAAAAAAAUUAGAUCGUGUAAAUAAUAAAAAUCAUAUUAGAUAUUUAAAUUAUUUUCCAAAUGGGGAUAAUCAAAAUGCCACUAAAAAUUUAUUAAAUAUGGACAAUUCAGAAAGAGAUAAUUCAAAUGAAAAUUUGUCUGAUGUUGAAAUGAAGGAUAUACAUAAUUUUAUAAUUAAAAAAGAUGAAAUAAAAAAUAAUGAACAUUAUGAUAAUGUGUCAAAAGAAGAGGAGGAAAUAAAUAAGAAUGAUACCGUUUUAAAUGAUGAAAAAAACAAAGAAAUUGAAAAAAUUAUCAGUUUGAAUAAUAUAAAAGACACAGAAAUAGAAAAGUCUGAUAAUAAAAAUGAUAUAAGUAAUUAUAAUAUAUCUGAAAAUAGUUUAGCUUUUAAAAGAAAACAAAUAUUAGAUAAGUUUAAUAAAAAAGAUAAAGAAUAUAAUCUUAAAAAUGAAUUAAAUUUUUAUCAAGAUUUUAAAGAACAUAAUAUUAAAAUCGAAAAUUAUGGAUUAAGGAUUUUGAAAAAAAUGGGAUAUAACGAGGAUAUAUAUAAUCAAUAUAUUAAUACAUAUUAUAAUACAAAUGACGAGCAAAAUUGUCCAGAAAAAAAUAAUACAAAUGCAAAUUAUUACGACAAAAUAUAUGAAUAUUUUUCGUCUAGACAAUUCCGAUUUACUGGUGUUGGGGCAGAAGAUGAAAUGAAAGAAAACAUGGAAAAAAUAAAGCAUAAUGACAAAAAUGAAAAGGAAGAAAACUCAAAUGAUAGUCAACAUAGCAAUAAUGAGAAUGACCAACAUAGUGGACAAGAAAAAGGUGGUAAAGAAAAAAAAAAAAAAAAAUAUGAUAAGUUUUAUAAUUCUGCUAGUCAAUUUGAGAAUAAAAAUAGAGAAAAAAAAAUUUUGAACGAUGAAAAAGAAGAAAAUUAUAUAAAUAAUUGUAACAAUUUUUUUGAAGGUCUUUUAGUAAAAAUUAAUUUGAAAGAACAUGAAUUUUAUAAAAGAAAGGGAAUAAUCAUAUAUAAAAAAAAAAAAAGAAAAAAAAAACAAUAUUACUAUGGCUUAUUGAUAUUUAAAACCUACAAACAUAUUAGUACUUAUAAAAAAUAUAUUAUGGGAAAAAUUGAAGGAUUUUUAGAGAAAACAGAAAAACAAAAUGAAAAAAAUACGAAAGACUACGAAGAAAAUAAUGACGAACAAACAGAAUAUGCCAAAAAUUAUUGGCGUCCAAUUAUUAAAAAAUUAAAUGAUUAUACUGUAUCGAAUGGAAAAAAAGUGGAAUUUUAUAUUACUGAAGUUAAAUCAUAUUAUUUAGAAACAGUAAUUAAUGAUGAAUGCUUAAAAUGCAAAGUUGUAAAUAAAAAUAUUUAUAAUCCAUCAAAAAAUGAAACUCUAUAUAAAGAAACUGUUGAAUUAAAAAAAAUCAAAGAAGAUAAUGCAUAUAUACAGGUUCAUAAAAAAUACAACUUAAAAGUCUCGCUCGAUGAUAUUUGUCAAUAUAUUGGGCAUGUAUGA